AUGGCCUCCUCCGACCCGUCCCUCCGCCAGCGCCGGCCCUCCGUCUCCGAAUCCCUCCUCACAACCAUCAAGCAAGCUGAGCGCAAAGUCGAGCAAAAGCUCCUCCUCCUCUGGGACGACCUCCCCUCCUGGCGCCGCGACAACGCCUUCAUCCGCUCCGGCUACCGCCCCAUCCGCCCCUCCUACGCCGAGUCCGCCCGCUCACUCUUCUACCUGCACAACGAGUCCGUCAACAUCUGGUCGCACCUCGCUGGCGCCAUCGUCACCAUUCUCACAGCCCUGUAUGUUUAUGUGGUUGUUCGCCCGCGGUAUGAGGCUGCCAAUUCGUCGGAUGUGCUCGUCUUUGCGUGCUUCUUUGGGAGUGCCGUCGUGUGUUUGGGCAUGAGCGCUACGUAUCACGCCUUGACGGAUCAUAGCCAGGAGGUUGCCAAGUGGGGGAACAAGCUCGAUUAUACGGGCAUCGUGGCAUUGAUUGUGGGAAGUUAUGUGCCGGCGCUUUAUUACGGCUUCUUCUGCCAUCCGAUCUUGAUGGCUGAGUAUCUAAACCUGAUAUGUCUUCUUGGUCUUGGAUGUGUUAUCGUCUCCUGGGUUGAAAGGUUUAGGACGCCCGCUUGGAGGCCCUACCGCGCUCUCAUGUUUGAAAGGAUGAGCCUCAGCUGGGUCGUUCUGCAUGGCUUCAUGUACAUAUUCGGCGCAUUUCUCUACGCGAUUCGCUGGCCAGAGAGGAGCAACCCUGGCGCAUUCGACAUCUGGGGCCACUCCCAUCAGAUCUUCCACAUGUUUGUUGUACUCGCAGCAGCAACUCACUUCUACGGCAUGGCCAAGGCGUUUGAUCACCACCAUGAAGGCAUGGGCUCGCAGUGCUUAUCAUAG